GGUGAAGUAUUUGAGGGGAACGUUACUUGUCAUUAUAUUGCGUCAUUGAUACAUAAAAGAUUUUGAUCUCUUAGCUAGUGGUUGAUUCUCAAAAGAUUAUAUUCAACAGUGUCAUAUACAAUCAUGGUAUUUGUCAGUUGGGCCACUGAUGGAUUAAGAAUAUACGAAUUAGAUGAAAAUAAAGGAAUAAUUCAUUUGGAACACAAACCAUCUACAACUCUGAAAUGUUUAUCCAUCGCAAAAUCAAGCAUGCGCGUGGGUUACCUUGAUCAAACAGGAGUGGUUCUUAUUAAUGCGAACGACUGUACUACCAUUUCCACUAUUCCUGUUGAAUCAGCUUUACGCAUCCAACUAUCACCUUGUGGUAAGUUUGGAUUCAUAUACACGUCAUUCAAAAUGGACAGUGAAAAUCCAUCUGGUUUACCAAAUGUAUUUGUAUAUGAUAUGGUCAAUGGAAUAAAAUUGAAAGAAUAUAUUUUUCGACGAGGUGAUGGAUGGCAACCACAAUGGAAUUCAGACUCAUCAUUGUGCUCAAUUUUCGUCAAUGGAGAAAUUCAUAUGUAUACAAACAAUCAGUUUUCUGAAAAACCAUGUACUAAAUUAUCAUUAAAAGGUAUUCGACAUUUUUCUAUGAGUACUUCAAUUCAUCCAAAUCUUGCUGUGUAUAUACCUGGAGAAAAGAGCCUACCUUCUUUUGUCAGAGUUUAUCAAUGCCGUGAUAAUCAGCUAAUUCCUACAGCGAAUAAAUCAUUUUUCCGUGCUGAUACAGUCCGAUUAUUAUGGAAUGAUAAAGGCACUGAUUUACUCAUACUUACUUCAACAAAACUUAGUGAUGACAGCUAUUAUGGUGAUCAAGGUCUUUAUUUUAUAUCAGCUAGUCGAUCAGUUGAUAGUGCAACUGUUCCAAUGCCACGUAAAGGUCCAAUUUAUCAAAUUGCUUUUCAACCAACAACUUAUUCAUCAUCUAUAAUGAAAAAGAAUAAAAAUAAAAAAAUUGAAGAAUAUUUUGUUGUUUGUUAUGGAUUUACACCAGCAUCUGUGACAAUAUUCAAUUUAAAUUGUGAACCAGUUCAUGAUUUCGGUACUGGUCCAUGGAAUGAAAUUCAUUUUAAUCCUCAUGGAAAUAUAUUAUUAGUAGCUGGAUUAGGUAAUUUAACAGGAGAUAUGUGUGUUUGGGAUUUUUCAACUCAUGAACGUUUAUCUUCAUUUAAAACAACCGAUGUAACAAAUGUUCAAUGGUUACCAGAUGGUGAACAUUUAAUAUUUGCUACUACAACGCCAAGAUUACGUGUAAAUAAUGGUUUUGGUAUAUGGCAUUACAGUGGUAAACAAUUAUCUUAUCGACCAAUUGAACGACGUGCUAUUCCUAGAGCAGCUACACCAGAUUUACCAGCUGCCAUUGAUCAUGAAUUAUAUCAAGUUUGUGUUUUAUAUCCGGAUCGACUUGGAUCUGCUCCUGAACCGAAAAAAUUUGAAUCUGUCACUGCAACCUCAGUAAAUAAAUCUGCAGUUUAUGUACCUCCUGUACUUCGUAAUCGUUCUGCAGUAGCUGUACAAUCAAUGAAAGCAUCUAAUCUUACUGAUCAUGGUAAAGUAUCUAAUCAUUCUGUAAACAAUAAUAGUAAUAAUAACAUGAAUUCAAGCAAAAGUUCAAAUCAAAAUAUCACAUCGAAAUCUGUCGCUGUCAAAAAUUCAACUUCAUCUAAUAAUGAAUGCGCUAACCCAACUGCAUCAGAUCCAAAUAACCAGAAACAAGUCAAUCAGAUAUGUAAAAAACUGACACAGAUUGAGAAGCUGAAAUCAGAACAAGCAGCUGGAAAAGUUUUGGCAUUUAAUCAACUAGACAAAAUUGCAAGUGAAAAACAGCUCCGGGACGAAUUAGCUAAAUUAUGUAUAUGAAGCUCAUGAUGAGAAGUUUUCAAAUAAACUUUUGAAAGUU